CCCCAGCCUCUAUAAAGCUACUGCUCCAGCAGAAGACCUCCAUUAUACGUAUUCCUGCAACUCUCUCUCUCUCUCUCUCUCUCUCUCUCUCUCUCUCUCUCUCUCUCUCUCUCUCUCUCUCAUUGAGAUGGUGGUGUCGUCGUCGGCGGGGGAGGGGGAGGGGGGCGAAGUUAUGGAGGUGAUCGUGAAGAUGUCGUCAACGGUGCCGUCCAGGGUGACGGGGGAGGACAAAGUGCACGAGUUCAGGAACAUUGACCUUGCCAUGAAGCUCCACUACCUGCACGGCCUCUAUUUCUUUCAAAACGACGCCGUUCGCGGCCUCCACGUCAACGACUUCAAGGACCCCACCUUCCCUUGGCUUGACAUCUUCUGCAUGACCCCCGGCAGAAUCCGCCGCCACUCCGCCCCCGACGGCUCCUCCUCCUCCUCUGGCCGCCCCUUCCUCAAGUGCAACGACAGCGGCAUUCGCUACGCCGAGGCCCGCUGUAACUAUGCUCUCCACGACUGCAUGGCCGCCGUCGGCCGCGACCCUUCCCUUCGUUACCGCCUAAUCGCCGGCGAACCUCUUGGCCCCCACCUGUUCUUCUCCCCUCUCAUUUAUUUGCAGAUCACAUGGUUCAAAUGCGGAGGAGUAUCUAUGGGGCUCAGCUGGGCCCACAUCCUCGGAGAUGCUUUCUCAGCCACCACCUACAUGAACCUCUUCGGCCAAUUCAUUUCCGGGUACCAUCCCGAGUGGACUCUCCGGCCGUCAAUCACCGGACAGUCCAAAUCCCACUCCCCAGUUCACAAGAAUCCGCUUUCCGUGAAACGGGUCGACCCGGUGGGGGACUGUUGGGUAACCGCCAAUAACUGUAAAAUGGAAACCCACUCCUUCCAUGUCACUGCCACGCAGCUGGAAACAUUACAGCAGCCAAAGAUUGGUGGACCCUUUGAGAUCCUCUCCGCCGUGGUGUGGAAAUCUCUGGCAAAGAUCCGGGAAGAUUCGGGUCCCCGGGUCGUGACCAUUUGCGAAAGCAAUUCCCCGGACAGGGAAAAUGAAAUUCCUAGCAAUGGGCAGAGCUUGAGGGUGGUGGAAGCUGAUUUCUCGGUUGGGAAAGCCGAUUUGGCAGUACUGGGAAAGCUGAUUUCCGAGAAAAGGGCGGAUGAGAAUUGCAUGAUAGAGGAAAUGAUGGAGAGGGAAAAUGGGAAUGUGGAUUUGGUAGUGUAUGGAGCCAACUUGACGUUUGUGAACUUGGAAAAUGCAAAGGUUUAUGGGAUGGAAAUAAGGGGGCAUAAGCCAGUUCUGGCCAGUUAUUACUUUGAUGGGGUUGGUGAUGAGGGGGUGGUUUUGUUGCUGCCGAUGCUGGAAAACGGGGAGGGCGGUGGCGGCAGCGGUUGGAUGCUGACUGUGACCCUGCCACAAAAUCAACUGGCAGAGCUCAAGGAUGAACUUAAGAGGGAAUGGGGUAUUAAUUGAAAGAAAAACGUUGAAGGGUGUGGAUGGCGGUAACUUAUUAAUUAGUUUUAAGUGUUGGAUUAGAAAUAAGAUGUUGUUACUUGUUUGUCAGAUUGACUCUUAAAAUAAAUUAAUUAUGGAUAAUUUAUUUGGCUAA